CCUGCAACAACAAGACCACAAGCCAGAAAUGUUGAAAUUAUGGCAGUGCCAACAGGCAUCCUUCCUUUAUCACUUCUCAACACAUUGGCUUUGUAAAUUGGCCAGGAGUUCACCACCACAAAACCUGCUAUGAACAUCUGCAGAAACAGCUCCUCCAAUUUGCUGCCUCUGAAAACCAGCAAAAUCCCCCAAACAAAUGGGACCAAGUUGAUAAUUGCAGCAGCUGUUAGCGGCACAAACAUGGGCGAUGGAACUCCAAACUCAAACACUCCUUGCUCGUAUCUUUUGCUCAUCAUCAAAAUCCCCCAAACAAAUGAGACCAAGUUGAUAAUUGCAGCAGCUGUUAGCGGCACAAACAUGGGCGAUGGAACUCCAAACUCAAACACUCGUUGCUCGAAUCUUUUGCUUUGAUGGUAUCUGUUGUGCUAUGAACUGAUAUAUCCAUUAUGCCUACUAUCUGAAGAUUUAUAAUACUAAUGUAAACUAAGCAUAUCAUAUUUAUCAAUUCUGUAAAGACUUUAAAGGAUACUUGACCUUGUCUAAUUUCUCUAUGCUUAUAUCUAAUGGUGGUUUCUAUUGCUCUACUGGAACAAGAUUGUGGAACUGUGAAAGUUUAGGUGUGACUCUGGAAAUUCAAAAUUUGGGGAGUUCUUCUGCAAGCUUUUCCCAAAUAAAGAUAUAGAGAAUGUUGAGAAUUUGUAUAAUCAUAACUUCAAAGGUUCAUACUGCACGUGUGGUUGGCCCUAUCCUGAUCCUGUUGUUGAAGAACAAGUAGAGAUGAUACAGUGCUGUAUAUGUGAGGACUGGUUUCACGAGGAGCAUCUCGGUCUUGAGCCUUCUGAUGAGGUUCCAAGAGAUGAGGAAGGUGAACCUCUGUAUGAGGAUUUUAUAUGUAGGGCCUGCUCAACCGCCUUUUCCUUUUUGGGAUUCUAUCCUCAAUCCAUAUGGGCAGCAGGGAGGCAGUGUGAUGCUAUUGUUGAUACUAACAAGGAUAAGAAUGUGUCAGAAGGUACAUCGUCAGCUAGUGGAUCUGGAAAACUAGAGAAUGACGUCGAUGCUCAUAAUUAUCCUAUAAAAGAUCACGCUAAAACCGAUUCUGCAUCUGUCUCUGAUGGGGAAGGUUUGUCUCUGGGAGAAAAUUCUCAGAAGAAUGAAGGUUCAAAUCAAAGCAUAAAAGAUGCCUGUCCAUAUACAACCUGUGUUCUUGGAGUUAACCUGGGGGCUGCUUCUCCUGUUUUAGAGAGUAAACCUCUGUUUCUUUCCAAAACUUGGCGCGAUGUCCUCUGCAGAUGUGAAGAAUGCUUAGUUCUUUACAGCAAGAAGCGUAUAGCUUUUCUGCUUGACAAGGAGGACUCAAUUGCGGAGUAUGAGAAAAUGGCAACGCAGAAGAGGAAAGAAAAGUUGCAGCAACAGGAGGGAACUGAGCUAAAUUUACUUAAUAAACUUGGUCAUAUAGAGAAAAUAGAGAUUCUAAUUGGUAUUCAAAAUAUGAAAGAUGAGCUUCCUUCUUUCCUGGAGUCAAAGGACUCAUCGAAGCCAAUCACAGCUGAUGAUGUCCGCCAGGUUUUCGAGAAUCUUGCAAAGAAGCGCCGCCGCAUAGAGUGAGUUUUUUGUUGAAUCUUUACUGCAGUUUCCUGUGUGUAAACUGUAAACUUCCCAGUUGACUGUGGAGCUAUCCAAGUUCAAAAACAUUCAGAAAACAAGCAUGACAUGGUUUUAGACUGUUCUAAAUUAGAAUUCUGCUACCAGCACAAAGCACGUUGCUGUAUAAAUUAUGUGCUUGUGCAUUUAGAAACUUAAUUGGGGUUUUUCUUAUGAAGUGCAAUAUUUUGAAGGCAAGUGGAUCCUGUUUGUC